ACAUGAUCGGACACAAGUCGCAAAUAAAGAAAUGUGAUUAUUAAAUUAAUUCGAAGACAGUGUUUAGCCUGUCGUGACCAGAAGUUUCAUAAGUAUCCAAACCAAUCUAAAGAUGCUUAAUCGCGAGGUGACAGGAUACUAGCGACAAAUUAUUGCGCAACAUAAAAGUAAUAUUUGAUAAGGUGGAACUUACGGUUACUGCGCCUUAGACUGUUCAGAAAGACGUGAAACUCAAUGGUGCUUGAGAAGUGGUCAGUUAGUGGCGUUAGUACCGAGAGGUGUCGUCACUAGUGAAAGUGCCUUGGUGCGGCUGGUUCCGUGCCAGGAAUUCUGUUGUGCAAGUUACAGUGCUUGCACGCCAAGCCGCCUAUUGUUUUUGACGGUGGCACAUGGAUGUGUUUGUAAAUAAGCCGUCGAUGGCGCGACAGGGAAGGCGAGGCCCGCUACCGGCCAUCAUGCAGUCUUAUGACAGUCUCUCUGAAACUCAGGUAGUAGGAAACACGGUUAACCAUGAUAGCAUAAAACUGUAUCAUCCCGGAACAGACGGCGUCACCAUCACAAAUCAGUUUACGAGCUUAAAAUUAGGAUCGCAGAACGACGAUAAUGCCACAAACGGAAGCAGCUUCCUGCUCAUCGACGACCAAGAAAAUCUUCAGGUGACGUCCGCCGAACAGUUGGCCGGCAGAUUAGGUUGUGGUCAUCAGGCAAGACUGAAGGUAGUGUCUGUCCUGGGAAAUGCCGGAGAUGGCAAAUCUCACACGUUAAACCACACCUUCUUCUGUGGCCGAGAAGCAUUUCGGACGUCAGAAGGACAGGACUCCUGCACGAUGGGGGUGUGGGCAGCUCUAGAGCCUUCCGGCACAGCCAUCUGCCUCGAUACGGAGGGGCUACUGGGAGGAUCAGGCAUGGAUGAAAACAGGAGAACACGACUCCUCCUUAAGGUGCUGGCUGUCUCGGACAUUGUGAUCUUCCGGACGCGGGCCGAGCGCCUGCACCGCGACAUGCUAGUCUUCCUGGGCUCCGCAUCGCGUGCCUACUCGCAGCACUUUUCCGCCGCCCUCCAGGCGGUCAGUGGGAAGCUGCGCGCCCUGGGGGGAGCGUCGAUGCCCUCUCUGGGACCGUCUGUCAUCAUCUUCCAUGAAACUCGACACACCAGGCCCCUGCAGCAGACAUUAGAUGAAACCCCUGAGGACGUGCUGCGGGCCAGGUUUGCACAGUGCGGCCUCGAGAUGGACGCCUUCAGCUCGCUGCACUAUGUGGGCAUCCAGACGGUGAACCAAGCUACUGAUUUUGGGACCCUGAGGUUUGCCGUGCGGUCAGAAUUGGACAACUCUUCUGUCAGGUCCCCACGGCCUCCUGCACUGGUCUUCCACACUCUGAAGGUACUGAACGAGAAGUUCAGUGGAGAGAUGGAGGUGCAGCCACGCACGCUGUUUCCUGACCAGUACUUCAGCUGCCCAGCCCGUUGCCUGUCCUGCGAGCGGCGCUGUGAGGCCGGCAUGGGGCAUUCCAAAGAGGGCCGGCCCCACAUGUCAUCUGGCCGCUGCAGGUUUCAGCACCAGUAUGAGAACUGCCAGUACAUCUGCAAGAUAUGCUAUGGCAAUGGGAUGGAAGUUAUUGUGACCCCCUGCCUCACAUCUACAUCGGACACAUCGUGGUUUGGAUUAGCAAAAUACGCAUGGUCUGGGUAUGUGAUAGAAUGCCCAAAUUGUGGAGAGAUCUACAGGAGCAGGCAGUUCUGGUAUGGAAACAAGAAUCCGGAGGAUGCGGCAGUUCGCACAGAGAUACGGCACGUGUGGCCUGGGGGUACGGGUGGUAACCUCAUCGGCACACAGAACGCCGCCCGCAAAGUCCUUGAUGGUGUCAACUACAUAUCGGAAGCAGUGGCGAGUGUCGGGUCACCGCCUACACGGCUCCUCUCCUCCUGGGUCACAGACCAGAUUGCUCCACGCUAUUGGAAGCCUAACAAUGAAAUAAAGGACUGCAGCAACUGCCACACAUUUUUCGAGAUGGGCGAUACCAAGCACCACUGCAGGGCGUGUGGUGAGGGUGUGUGUGAGAACUGCUCAAGUCAUCAGAUGGAGGUUCCAGAGCGGGGCUGGCAUUACCCUGUCCGGGUGUGCGAUGAGUGCUACAAUAAACCUCAGAGUGAGAAACAGCAGCAGCCACAACAGCAGCAACGAGCUCCACAGCAGCAGGCUGUCAGCCAGUCAGCCGAGGAGGAGGCUGAGGUGCGUGCCCGCAAGGUGGGAGAGGCAGUCAUCAGCACCCUGAGCAGUGUCGCAGCAGUGCUGGAGUACCCGAGAGACCUGAUAAAAGAGAGUGCCCGGCCGAGCUACUGGCAGCCGGAUGGAGAGGCAACGGGUUGCAACUGCUGCGGUGCUGCGUUCGGUCCACGUCUGUCACUGCACCACUGCCGCGAUUGCGGUCGUGCUGUCUGCCGGGACUGCUCGCAGAGCCGACGGCCUGUGCCCAUCCGAGGCUGGGACACGCCUGUCCGCGUUUGUGACUCGUGCAUUAAAAAGGCCUAGCAGGACGCUGACAUCAGCACUUUGCCAUUUACGUCAACAAUGCUGCUACACUAUACCUGGGACCGACAGUUGCAUGCUUUCUCCACAAUUAUCUGUUAUAACCUGAGGUUGUGUACUCCAUCAGAAUUGUUUCCAAUGCAGCUUUCUUUGUGAAAGCUAGAGUAAAGCUACAGUAUAUUAUAAAAGUACAAAAAAAAUCAGCUACAUGAUGUUCACAAAUAAUCAAGGGCAUACUAUGUAGUAGCCAGUUUAUAUUGUCCCGUAAAAGUAGUACUCCUCCUAAAGAAGAGAUGUAUAACCAGAGUUUACUUCUGUUUGUGCUGUUAAAAGAGAAAGAAGUGUUAGACUCUAAACCUGUAGCAGACUAUGCUAAGAAGUUAACAUUGUUGAACUGUUACCUAUAUAACAUCACAAGAUUUUAGCCUCAUGGAAAUAAAAAUUUAUCUCUAUUUUUAUAUAUUGAAGGAUAAAACAUGAAGAUUUGAAAGUAAAUUGAUAUAGUUAAAGGAACAAGAGUAUAUCAGUGGCAUAUUAACAAAAAUAUCUUACGCAAAUGUAUUUCGUAUUCAUUUGUCUUCCAUUUAUUGCACAAGUUCAGUUUCCAUCUUUUUGUGCUGUUUUAGUAAGCACCCUAAACGAGGCCAGUUCGUGUUUCUUAGAAUUCAGUGCCGAAUAGUCUCGGGCAUGUCUGAAAAAUUCCCACGUACUUCUUCCUUGCUUGUAAUUUUGUGUGGGUUGCACCUUCUUGUGGACACUGGCAUAUAUUUUUGCUCAAUUUGUAAGAAUUAGGUGCCAUCCAUGACACUGAUUGUUGUACUAUCAGAGUAUUGGGCAGGGCAAAAAGAAAGAAACAAGUUCACAUAAGUCAAGGAAGGUAUGGCAGAAGAGCAAACACAGAAAUUCACACAAGAUCUCUGGAAUCUUAACUGAUGUUACAGUCAUUCAAAACAAGAAAUGCAUAUCGCUAAAUGUUAUCAAAAUUCUUGCCAAGCACAACACUUUACUGUAUGUAGAUUCAAAACCAGUAAGCAUGAGAUUUUUAAUUUCAGAAAUCAUACAAGGGGGAUCACCUCUGGUGCACCUGUGAAAUGGAAGAACAUCCAUCUUCUUAUCAAUGCAAUGAUGAAGUAGGUGUUUUAAUAUCACAAUUUGUGGUGAUGUUGAUCAGGUGAAGAAUGUACUGUCUCCAGUCCUCAUCAAACUGUAGGAUUAGCCAGUUUUGUAACAUUAACAUUUUAAGAUGUUCCAGCAGUUCUGUUACAUUCCAUAAAAAUAAAUGGGCCAUAUACCAUUCUUUAUGACAUUGCACUGCAUAUUGAAUUUUAGCAGAUCUCUAGGUUCUCCAUAUCUCAUAUCAUGGUGAUUUACUUUCCCUUUCAUCUGAAUUGUAUCUUCACCAAAGAAACAAAAUUAUCUGGAAAACUCUCAUCCUCCUUGUCACUGUGUUAUCAUUUUGUGUAAGGCUAAUGUAAUAACUUUGACUGACACAGCCUAAAAUUAAUUUGCUUAUCAAAAAGGAUACCACGCAAGUUUCCAGAGGAGCUGCAUUAUGCAUCAGUUCUGCAGAUUUUUUGUGUAGACUUCCCUGAUUUAUUGCUUACAUAAAGCAGUGCAUUGCACUUUUGUUUAUGCAUAGGUCAUGUCUCUUCACAAUGUUAAAGAACCAUCAUUAACGUCAUGGCAUAGAGCUGUAAUUAUAAAACAUGCAGUUGGGGCUGUACAAAUGCAACCAAAUCCAUUUUGCCAGUUCCAGUACACAUUAUACUUGCUACAGAUAAUGUGUUAAUUUCUCUCUCACAUGAUCAUAGUGUUAAUGUCAGAAGCACUCCUGUCAUGUCAGUAGCAUGCAAAUUACAGAUAAAGCUUCCAGAGGUUUUGUUUAGAGUGGUACUCUGUGCAAUCUUCUGUUGUACUUACUCAGUUGUGAUAAUUGUUUCAUUCUUCUUAACUGAUCCUAUAUAAAGACAUCAUUGUGGAACAGAGGGGUCCAAUUAGAUUCUAUGCCCUGAUACAAAACAACAAAUUAUCUGCCAUUUUAUAAAUAAAACGAGAUUGUUAGAACAGUGGUACUACUGGGUGCAUCAUGUGGUGCAGUCUGUCUGGAGAUAAAAUUAAAUGAUGAGUACCUCUUUUUGCUGGUUUGUCUUCUGAAGAAUUUAUCAACAUAUUUUUAUAAGUAGCAUUAACAAAUGAUGAAGAAUAUACAAUCUUCGUAAUUUCUCUUGAAGGGAAGCCUUGUGAAACCCGUGUGUGGUCAUGAAGGCUGUAGGUGUAGAUACAUUAUUUGCAACAACUGCUAGGUUAGUAGUGUCUACAUAGUAAAUGGACCUAUUGUUUUUAAUACAAUGAGGAGUUCUAUAUAUAUGACUAUUUCAUUGUUGGAAUCAUUAUUUGAUAUGAACAGACAUUUCUGCAUGUUUCAAAGAAAAUUGUUUAAGAGAUGCAUAAGAUUUUAAAAGGUAAAGGAACCUUCACUUGUCUUUAAAUUUUUUUGUGUGUGAUUCUUGAAGAAGUGUGAUUACUUUGUCAAAGUAAGGAUUUGAAAGUUGAUUGCUGAUAGCUCUGGAUUGUUGUUUGUAUUGUGGAGGUGAUCAGAAUUGUAAGCUCUUGCUGAGUAGGGUGUGGCAAUUUUACCUUGUCCAGUAUAUGUCUUUCAUUUGUAAUACAGAAAAAUUUUCAGUUACUUGAAAAUUCUGUCAGAUGAGUGAAAGGUGUAAUCUAUGUACUAAUGAGAUGUACUCACAAACCAAAGUAAUUGUGAAGAGAAGAAAGAGCUAGCUUGCUUGCUAUGUAGUUGUUUGUGUAAAGACACUGUGUUGAAGAUACGUGGAACCAUUCCAUAAUGCCUAGUCCUUCAUAGUGUGUGAAUUGCCGUUUUAAUAGAUUACUUUAAGCAUUUUCUUAAGUUCCUUAAAAUGUGAUGAUACUUUUGCUCUGCACAUUCAUUCAGCUCGCUUAAUAUUUUCUUGGUUUUGUAUCAGACAUUCUCUUAUUGAAACAUAUAUAAUUUAGUGUUUUCCACUGUUGAAAAGUCAAACAUUUGUUGCAAUUGGUUUUCCCAAGGGCCACAUAUUUAUCACAACGGAGCAUACAAUUUUGUAUCAAUACAUUCUUUUCUCAUAGUGGAGAAACAGUAAAAGUGUUGCAUAUCAUCAGAAAUUGCUUCAGGAUAUUAAUUAUCGUGGUGAUUAACAUUUCACCACCAUAAUGGAAUAAUUUUGUAGUGACAUCAGUUGUUCUCAAAUCCUCAAGAGCUGUGCACUGUGCACAGGAUGUCCCACAUAUUGUGGGCCAUCAUAAUAUUUAUCCUGCAUUUCCUGUUGCUACCUGUAACACUUCGUCUACCAUGGUAUUGAAGCUACUAUAAUAUUUACAACACCUUAUACUGCUCUUUUACAUGUAAUGGCAUCUGAUAGCUUCUACAGGGAAGUACACAGUCAGUGUUUAAAGUGAAAACUCAUCAAAAAUAAUCAGAAACAUGCAAUAAAUUAACUCCCAGACUGUCGGGAACUCUCAUCAUCAGAAAAUGUAGAGGUGGGAAAAAUGUUUAGCAGGUUGUAUGAUAGAGCAGUCAUUAACAUCUGAACAUGGAUAAAUUUAAAUUUAACAAAUUAAUCCAAAAGAAGAAUUAUUAUCAGUGUACAAGCAAGUGAGCAACACGGUGUAAAGAGCUCUUAUGGAAGCUAUUGGCAGCCUGAGAAACAAGCAAAGUGUUCCUUCCCAACACUUGGUGAGUGCAGGGACGCCAACAAGCAUUUAACAGGUACUUAACAUUUAAAGUGUAGCAUGUUUCUGCAUCUCUUGAACAAAAAAUAACAUUGCAAAUAUUAAUAAAUGCCACAUCACCGCACACUUCUUUUCCUGAGCUUUCAAAUGCCAUUACCUCAGUAGAUAAUGUAAUAAAUAACUGUUCCAUUACAGUUAGGUUUCGGGAAUUAAGUCCUUGAACAUUUUAAAAUUUUCCAUUUUACUGAAUAAUGGCCUUGAGGAACAUCAAUUGAAAGUCAACUUUUUCAUGUAUCAUGAACUGUGCCAUUACUUUGUUAAAACUGAAAGCCUUCAUGUUUUCUUCACAUCUCCCCCCCCCCCCCCCCCCCCCACCCCUCCCUCCCACCUCCCAAAAUGCAUACAAACACAUAAGUUAAAUGAAGCCUGCUGCUACAGUGCUAACAGCAUUUCUGUGUGCUACCAUCAUCAGCACAUGCUACUUACACCAACUCUGCUACAUACUUCAUAUUGAUUUGUGGAAAGGAAAUACUAAGUUAGCAUAUUAGUUACUCUAUUUUACCACAAGGUCUACAUAUUUUAAUUUUUUGCGGUAUCAUGUUCCCCUUUUUAUCUUGCAUUAUCAUAUGUAUAAUUUUUAAGGCUUUGUGUAGUUACGUUACAUGGCUACUGAUAAUUAUUUCCAUGUGGAUAUAUUGCUCAACCUAUAGGUUCAUUUUGUGAAGUUCGUACCAUGUCCACCUGUUUGGUCAUAAUAGUAAUAAAUUGAUUUUCUCAACAAGGACUUACCUAUUUCUCCAUUAGCUACU